AUGGUGAAGCUUCGGAAAACGUUGGUGAUAAUUCCGGGAAACGAUCGAGAAAAUCAUCGGUUGCUUGCGUUUGAAGAGAUGAUGAGAGAGAGGAUAUCGGCUGCACAACGCAAUCCACAAACUUUGGCACGCCAGAAGGCAGUUAAAAGUAUAGAGGAUGUUCUACGUUCCGUUUUGCGUCCUCUUUCGUCAUUUCCACACUCAUCUGAUUUCUUGAUUGGCGGAAAUACAGCGCAUUCUCUAACACCGAAUGUUGUCCAGGAUGUGGAAGAGUCUAUCAUGUCGCAAAAGAGACAACUACUGAGUAUUGCUUUACAUGCUCUUUUGAAACAAGGCCGAUGGAAAACUGUUUCUCUUUCCGAAUGGGGGAAAACUUUUGCCGCUGAUUGUGCUACCGAGGGCGUCAAAGCAGACGAGGCGCAAAUUGAGCAGAUGUUCUUCGCAUGUGUUGGACAGUUCGAGCUGAUAGGCAUUAUAAGAAGCAGCAGUGAUCGUGAAACUCCCUCAGUUACCAUCGCUCACCAUGUUCUUAGUUCGAUAAUGUAA